AGCUUUCCCCUCUCGCCUGCUCCCAAUCCCAUCCAUUCUGCCGCCCUCGCCUCCCCCACCAGUUCAAACCACGAGAGGCAGAGGAAAUCGAGGAGGAGGGAGGAGAUGGCCGGAGCGAUCGCGUACGAGGAGCAGCGCCGGAGGCAGGUGGAGGAGAACCAGCGGAAGCUGGAGGAGCUCAAGCUGCGCCACCUCUCCGCCGCCGUCAGGGAGGCCGCCACCCCCAAGCCCUCGCCGGCCAAGUCCGUGAAGCGGAAGCGGGUGCCGCGGGAGGGCGGCGAGGACACCCCGAUCCGGCGGUCCGGCCGCGUCGCCAGCCUCCCCGAGCAGCCCAAGUACCGAUUCGAGGAUGUCUUUCAUGUCCUCGAGAAGAAGAUCAGGAGGGGGAGAAGGACGACGACCAGCACAAGGAGCGACUUGAUUAAUCGAGUGUACGCUACAGACAAGGCCAGAGAGUAUGCCACCACCAUGGCCGACGAGCUGCAGGCCAAGCUGGGGUCCGGCUACCCCAGUUUUGUCAAGCCCAUGACGCAGUCACAUGUCACCGGAGGGUUCUGGCUGGGCCUCCCGUUGCCCUUCUGCCGGAAGCAUCUCCCGAAGCGUGACGAGAGGCUCACUUUGAAGGAUGAGCAGGGUGUCGAGUCCGAAACGCUCUACCUUGCGCUUAAGAACGGCCUCAGUGCCGGAUGGAGAGGGUUCGCCAUCCAGCACAACCUGGUUGAUGGUGACUGUCUGGUGUUCGAGCUGAUCAACCGGACGACGUUCAAGGUCUACAUUAUCAGACAAAGUUCCUACUAUGAACGAUGACUUAUGAGGGUGUGAGAUACUGAAAUUCGAAUAUGCAGUUAGAGCAGGUCUUUUGGUCAAGUUUGCAAAUGGAGAUUGUGAACCGUCUUCAGCCUUUCGGGUGACAGACGAUGUCCAAAAUAUGGAUUCUCCCAGUAGUUACGUUUGGACUUGUCUAUGGGAACUGACGACGCUUGUAAAUUUUGCCUGUGAUGCCCCCCCCCCCCCCCCCCCCCCCCCCACAUUCCCAUUAAUCUACUAUGGGAACUUCUUAUGAUGUCCAAUUUAAUCUACUAUGCAAGCAUGCGUAAUUUGGGAGAUUCCUUUCGUUUUGACAUUAGCUUUAUGGUUCGCAAGUAAUAUGGUGUUGUGAGUUGGAGUGGGCACAAUCCCUCUCUGGCUGCCACAGUUUACCCCGUAGGUUCAGAAUUGUGCUAUAGCACAACAGGAGAUACACUACAUAAGAGGGAGAUAUCCUUCAACCUUUAUCUGAUGGCUGAGGAAGGUGAUAGUAAUUUUA